CCAGCAUGGGCUCCCCACUGAGUCAGCCUGUCAGAGAUGCCAGCUCAGAAGGUCAGCUCCCUGUCAGCCCAGACAUGGCAUUUGUGGCACCCCCUGCACCCCGACUGUUGCUUGAGGAUGAGAUUGAUGAACCUUCAGGUUAUGCUGGAGAGCCUUCAACAUCCAAAAUGGACACUGGUCUGUCAUUUUAAGCCAAAAUGAAAUAAAUCUUUAUCCAAUGUUAAAAGUCUGUAUAAUUAUUUUUAAAAAUUAUGUUGCCAUUAUGAAGUGGUGUGCUCUUCUGAUAAUUGAUGAUUUUAUUUAAUUAGGUAUUAAUUUCAUGACGAAUGACAUCAGUAAGAGAGCUGUUAUAGGCGGUCUGUCAUGGUGCCAAUCUUUUAAAUGGCAACCAAUUAAUAUUAUUUUAAAAUGACCUUUCAAAAGUUAAUAACCUGUUUUCUAUUUUACCAGAUGAGAUCAUGUCUGUUCGAGGGGGUAGCCCAAUUAUUGAUGUGGAGAGAAUUUCAUCUGACGAGGAAGUUGAUGGCAAUAAAGGUCAAGUGCUGCAUUGAUGAACUUUACUUGAUAGUGUCUAAACUAAAUAAAAUCAAAUAAUCACUCCGAAAGCCAAUACUGUCACUAAGGAAGUGGGGUUUUGUGAUAUAUGAUGGCUGACUUUUGUGCUUUGGAAAUACUUUAAUUUAAAAUGGGAUAUCUCAAUCAGAAUGUUUAUCCCUAUGCCGAAACUGAAAUGCACAUGUCAUCAAAACACAUAUCUACUUAUUUGGAUCAGUAAAAUAAUCUUAUCUUAUGCAAUCUGAUAAUAAAAUCCUAUCCUAUCUUAAUCUAUCCUAUCUUAAAAUUCACCAAAAAAAAUAAUAUAGGUGUGUGGAAAAUGAAAAGUUGGAAAUAAAUUGAUGUAAAAUAAUUUUGUUUUGGUGCAGCAAAAGUUUUCUUCAUAUUCAUCAAAUAUUGGUAGUUUUUGUCUACUGGAAAAAGAUUGUGGAAAGUUUAUGGAACAAUUCUUAGGAUUGAUAAUGAAAAAAAUUUGGUUUCUUUACAGAAGGCUCCAAGCAUCAGAUGGUCACCUUAGCCAACCAAAUUAUUGCCGCUAUACCAGAGCGGAUCAAACUGUCCCCACCCAAGGGAGAUGAUGUGGACGACGCCUCAAGUGGCCGUGGUAGAAGUGAGUCACACAGUUCUCUCCCAUCACAGGGCUCCCCGAGACCUUCUUCUUUUGGAGAUGAUUCAGGGAUAUCAACUCCUAUGACGGACAGCCUGGCUUUUGAGGAAUACAGGUGAAAUAGGGAAUGGGGGUGUAAAUACUUGAUAACAUUAGAUUCACUGCUUGUAGACUUAAUUAGUCAAAGACUUCAUGUCGCACUGUCUUAUUUAAUCACAAUUUUUUUAAGGAAAUUGUAUUCGACUACUUCACAUUUCAACUCCGCAUUGCCCAAACAAAUAACAACACAAAUAUUAAGAUGUUAACUGGAAAGGGUUGGUUUCAGGCAAGCCUUUUUAGUCAACAGCUUUCUAUUCACUCCUUCUGCUAGAUAUCCAGAGUUUGGAACCCCAGCCUCCAGCCUGAGCCCUGACUCGACCUGCCUACCAAGUCCUUACAGCCCCUACAGCUUCACGCUGGACUCCCCGCCUCCCACCACAGCAGAGUUCACUGAGUAUUUCAAUGCACCAACCACAUACAUGGAGAAGGACUUUUCUCAGCUUACAUUGUCAGGUAUGGGGUAGAAAAUCGGGGGCUCAAAGAUUUCAUUUCAAACAGGUGUGUUUCGUUUAUUUGUUUACAAUCAACACUUACAGAUGAAAUAGGUGUAGGCUAACAAUGAUAAUUUGUUUUUUUAGUAGUCUUUGUCAGCGUUUCCAACAAUUUUUAGCUUUGUAGACCGGUGGAUAAGUUUUGAAACUACACCAGGGUCCGGAGCCAGAUUUUUAAAUUACAUUUUCUUUUUAUUUGACCAUAUAUAUUCAUGUUGUGCUAAGUGAGGCUCACGGACCAAUGCUGGUAAGCGGACCAUCCUUUUCGGGAAUGCUGGUCUAUGCAAAAAAUAUUUUUUUACACUCACCUUUCAAACACAGUUUUCUAGGGCAUCACUCCCAAAGGAGUGGUCGGGUAGUUCUCAGUUACCAGUUUUUUAAAAAAUUUAAUUGAGAAAGUAAGAUACCCUAUAUAUAUAUAUUGCACACUAGUCCCCACUGCAAUGUGUAUUCAUUCCCUUCAGUACAUCAUAAUGAAAAGUUAAAUGGGCUCUGAUCUACGGCAGUGGUUCCCACAAUUGCUCCAUGGAGCCCUAAGGGCUGCACAUGCUCUUCUCAGGGUUUCCGCUGCCACUCCCGGAAACUCCUAAACACUAUAAACUUGUAGACAUAUCGUAAGCCUAUAGGCCUCCCUCAUGGAAAUUGAUGCUAAAAAUGGGUUCCACUGGUCAAAAAGGUUGGGAAACACUGGUCUAGGCUAUGAUUUUUGCUAAAGUUUUCAGCUAAAAAAUUCAAGAGGUCUGGCCCACUAAUUUAUUAAAAUAUUGCCAACAGAAACAAUAAUAUAACCAAAGUUUACCACAUAAAAUCAAAAACACAGUACAACUCAGUUAUUCACAGACUCACAAAUGACAUAAAUCUAGGAUGUUACAUGCUUCUUCUCCAAAGAAAUAGUUUUCAUUACUUUCAUCUCUUGAAAUAUAAGACUGGCAUUGUCUGUUUCUAAACUUAAUUAAUAAAUUACUUUCCGAGUACACAUUUUCUUCACUCUUGUCAUAUACUGGAACUUCCCUCUAAAUAAACCCUUGCUUAACAAACAUUACACCGUACACUCAAUGUUUUUUUUUUUGGUCCUGGAAAACUCUGGUGAAAUAAAGCCACCGACGGGUGACAGUUACAAAAACUUUUGUCCCACAGACAGUAUUAGGUACCACUGAAAGGUGUCACAAUUGUAUCUUGCAAAUACCCUCCCUCUUUACUAUCCUUCCCCCAAAUCUUUCACAGACAACUUAUGGCUUAAUGUUGAUGUCUAGCGGUUCUCAAACUUGUCCACAGAUCAGGAACAAAGGAAACUGUAUGAAGCUGCCAAGGUGAUCCAGAAUGCCUACAGGCACUACAGGGACAAACAACAGCAGCAACAGCAGCAGCUCCAGCAACAGAAGGAAAUUGAGGCUGCCAUACUUAUACAGAGCUACUAUCGUAGAUAUAAAACAGUGAGUUGAAACUAGUUUUGACAUACUAAGAGGUGCCAUUGUAGAUAUAAAACAAUGAGUUAAAACUAGUUUUGACAGACUCUUUAAGAGCUGCCAUUGUAGAUAUAAAACAGUGAGUUAAAACUAGUUUUGACAGACUCUUUAAGAGCUGCCAUUGUAGAUAUAAAACAAUGAGUUAAAACUAGUUUUGACAGACUCUUUAAGAGCUGCCAUUGUAGAUAUAAAACAGUGAGUUAAAACUAGUUUUGACAGACUGUUUUAAGAGCUGCCAUUGUAGAUAUAAAACAAUGAGUUAAAACUAGUUUUGACAGACUCUUUAAGAGCUGCCAUUGUAGAUAUAAAACAGUGAGUUUAAAAUAAAGUAGAGCUGCUAUCUUAGAUACCAAGUUUUUAGUAACUAAAGCUUUUUUCUCUUAUAAAAUAUCAAUUGUAUUAAAGACCAUUAAAUCUUUCCUGUUUGCAUGUUAUUUGACUCAUGAAGAUUACAAUUACUUUUGCCGUGCUUUUUUAAAAUAUAAGCCACUACUAUUGCCUUGUUAAAUUUACCCUGCCCUGCUUUGUUUAAAAGUCACUUUUAUAGUUUAUUGCCCGGUUAAAGGUACCCUGCCCUGGAUAAAAGCCAUUUUCAUUGCUUCAUUAAAGGUACCCUGCCCUGCUCUAGUUGAAAGCCAUUUUUAUUGCUUCAUUAAAGGUACCCUGCCCUGCUCUAGUUAAAAGCCACGUUUAUUGCUUCAUUAAGUGUAGCCUGCCCUGUUCUGGUCAAAAGCCACUUUUCUCACCUGGUUAAAUGUACUCUACCCUGCUCUGGUUAAAGGUUAUCAAGUUUUUAGUUUGGAAGUUUUCAGUGAUGAUCAAGCAGAGCAGUUGUAAGGCCUACUGCUGAAAUGUUUUCUGUGUUCAUUUCAAGCUUCACACUUUGCUUAUAUCAGCCCCUUCUAAGCCUUGUUCAGUAUGGAGAAUUUUUCUAAUUUUAGGAACAAUGCAAAACUCAUUGCUUUGUUUAUAGCUUUCUUGUUCAGUAUGCAGAAUUGAUCGAAUUUUAGGAACAAUACAAAACUCACUGCUUUAUUUAUUGCUAUCUUGUUCAGUAUGCGUACUAUAAGAAAAUGAGCCAAGCAGCAGUCCUUAUCCAGAAUCAGUUCAGAACAUAUUACGCCAAGCGCAAGAAACGUGGUGACACCGGAGCGACCACCAGAAGAGAGUCAGAGCGACUCAAGAAAGGGAGGAACCAGUCAGUCAUCAUACAGCAAAGAUUUAGGUGCGUUGUUGAAUUUAAGAUAAAUAUUUCAGCAUCCUUGAUAAUAGAAUAUUUAAUUUAUUACGCAUGAAUUUUAAGAAUGAACUUUUAAGUAAUAGAUGUAUCCAUCUUUAGGUCUCACUACCAGAGGAGGUCACUGGAUGGUAAAGAAGGCAGUGGUCAGGUUCCAGGUGCUGGUGAUGCCCCUGAUAGGUAAGCCUUUUUUUUUUUUUACAAUGAUUUUAAUCAACUUUACCCUAAAAGCAUAAUACAGGCUUGGUUAAUGAAACUAAUCUAUUUGUUAUAGACUGAGCAGUAAAUGUAACUUCCUUUCACUGUCAAGAGACAUGAAAUAUCAAGGCAUGAUAAGGGAAAUUAAUAUGCAUGGAAGUCUGCAGUGAUUUUUGGGUUCUUGUUCUUUGCCUUCAAGGCAUAUCACUUAAGUCAUUAAAAUAAUAUCUAUCCAAAUGUUUAAUAGGAUACUAUUCUUUUUUAAAUUCCUAAUUUUUAUCUUUUAAUCUAUAAACUGAAUUAAGCUGGAUCACAAACAAAUGAAUGCUUGAAAAUAACAAUCUUUUCUCAUUUACUUCUCAUUUCUUCUAGUUUUUAAGUAUUAAUUAAUAUAUAAAUAUUUAAGAAGAUAGGUAAAAAGCUUAAUAUACAAAAGUUUAAGGGAAACUUUAUUUUGAAAAAUUAACAGCAACCAUUUUUAUUAAAUACAAAUUUUUCAAUUUUUUAAAAAUCUUUAACAUUGCAGCUUUUAAUGGUCAAAUAACAUUUGAAUUUAGAUUGUUCUAAGGAAGAAUGCAAAUUCUCAACUCUGUAAUUCAUUAUGAAUUGAGGUGUUUGUGCUAGUGUAGCUGAAAAGAUUUACGGAUAAAAUGAAUUGGCAAAGUAAAAAAAUGUAAAGAAAAGAUCACAUAACUUAACCUUACACCUUGCACUAUCAUAUGUGCCAUACAUGAACUACCUCAGCCUGGCCUGCGUGUCCCACAUCGCCUCCUGUUUGAUCCACGUUUGAUAACUUGACACUUUUAUAUAACACAUUUUGCCUGGCAUCAAUGCUCAUUCGAUUAAUGUCUAUUCACCUAUUGACACAAACGCAUGUAGGUCAGUAGGAAGAAUCUUUUUGACUCGGUAUUGACUCAGAAGUACCAAAAUUACGGUCAUUAAAAGAUUUAUAAUAUUGGAGAAGAAAAAACUUGCAGAGCUGUAGAUUAUGAGGAUGUAUUGAGGCCAUGUCAUUUGAGAUUUUAUUUAAAGCUACCGUUACAUAGUUUUGGUUUAGGAAAGAAUUCUUUUCAAACAGCUUGAUAGAAAGUAAGAAGCUACCUGAAAGUAGUAUCACCUUUAUCAGCCCUUGAAACUUAAAGUUUAAUAUUUUUUGUAUCUCCUAAAAAAAAGUAAUGCAAUGUUUAAUGACCUUGAAGUAGUUUAUAAUGGGUAUGACAUAUUUUUUAAUGACCGUUACAUAAUUUUUAAUUACCGCUAUACAAUAGUUUAUCCCUGUUUUGCAUAAAUUUGUAUGACCUCUGUACAAUAAUAAUUGUGAAUGACCAGUAUAACUAAAAAGUCUCCUCAAUCUGCAUGCCUUCAGAGAGCUCUAUCAGCUCAUUCAGGUGGUCAGGGUAGGUACAACACUUUGUGUCAGUGUAGGUGACUCUUCCCCCCCCCCCCCACCUCCCCACCCCCGGACUCUUGUCAAGUUUCCUGUAGCUUGCCUGUGUAGUACGUCAUUGAAUUUGUUCUCUUAAAACUCACAUCCACCAAAAGAAACAAAAACAUUAAUGUUAUUUUAUUUUAAUUGUAAGGUUGGAUGGCUCUGUCAUCUUUUUCUAGGUUGGAGUUGAGGUUAUUCGGUUUGUAUAUCAUUUUGUUUUGUUUAUUUUUUAAAUUCUUCUGUAAGUUUUUUGUUUUUUUUCUUGUUGCUAGUACUGCUAGUUAGUACUCUGUACAUAAAUUCACACAUGAUAUCGUGUCGUUGUUCUCACUGGUUCUUUUUUGGUGUGUAUUACUUGGUUUCUAGAACUCCUUUCAUAAAUGUUUUAAUACAUGUAUUCAGUUUCCUCAAAACUGGGUUUUGAUAUAUUUUUAUUUUCUCAACACUUCACUUUUUUUAUUAAUAACCAUCUCACUUUUGCUAUAUAUAAAAAUCUAAUAUUGAUUAGUUAUAAUCACACGUACGCUACAUAUAAACAUUAUUUUAAAGUUUGAGUUUUUCCAAGCCGUCUCUGGAAAUAAGUGGGAAAACACAAUUAAUGAAGGAAAUGGGGGGUAAAGUUUUGACUAUUUUAAUUUUUUUAAUGACACACCUUUUUAAGAUUGCUUUCAUACUGUGAUAGUACCACACCACAUUUCUGGGACAUAUUAAUUUUAUAUCUCUUUUUUUAGUUCCUUCUAUUCUCCUUAUGCAAGUUACACUUAUGUUAUUUAAAAUAAAUUGUUCACCAGACAGUUUUUAGACCUGCAGUACUUUGUGAAAAAUUUUUCAUUGCCAGAUAGAUGUAUAUUGAGAAGAUUAAUCCCACAUUGGAUAGAUUUGGUGGAUAUUGAAAUGACCCAUCCCAUUUUAGUUUAAAUGGUGUAUUCUGAAGUGACCACCCCAGUGUUAGAUAGAUUGGUGCAGACACUGAGAUGACCACUCUCCUCCAGUACUGACUGACCAGGCUUAACAAUGUUGUUUGUCUCUACAAGCUUGCAACUAUAGUGUGUUUCUUAAACCUCCUCCAGAUCAGAUCAAACAGUGAACAAAGAUGGAAUGACUUGUGUGUGGCAUGAGGUACUUGAAUGCAACAUUUGAUUAAAGCUGUAGUGGGGUGCAUUGCCGUGAAAACUUGGAGUGUCAAACUUUUAUAGUGAGGUGUAUUGCAAUAUAACCUUGGGGGUGUCAAACUUUUGUAAUGAAUUGUACUUCAUAUCGACUUAGGACUUAAAAGUGAAAUUUAUUUGUGUUGAGGGGUGUUUUAAUAUAAUUUCUGGGUUUUUUUAAGCUCUAAAGGUAGAACACAGUCAAAUAUAAAAUUUUUUACUGUACGUCACAGACUAGUUACAUAAAGGCCUCCAUAUAAGGUAUGUCAUAAUCAAGGCCUCCAUUUGAGUUUUGUGCAGAGAAGUGAACUCAACCUUUGACACCCCUGGUUUAGCUUUUAGCUAAUGUCUUCAAUAACUGCUAUCUUUGCCUCUUAAUCUCUGACUAAAAUUGUUAUCCUCACAAUGAAAGUAAGUGAAAAAAAUAGUGAAACUAAAGUACGGUAAGAGAGAUAAAAGUGAAAUGAAAGUAAGAGAGACAACAAUGUCGUGAAAUCAAACAAUCAUUUACUUAAUUAACUGCUCUCUUUUUUAAAAAAAAUCUGAGAAUCUGUCUCCUGCUCUUCCAUCAUUUUUGUAUGACUGUGUGCAGCUAGAAAUUGAGUGAAGAUGUUAUGACCUAGACCAGUGGUUGGCAAACUCAUUAACAGGGUUUCUUUCAGCUAUAUCUCCAGUGCCCCCCCCCCAGCAAAAAUAUGUCCAACAAUAAAUCAGCUGGCACUGCCACCCCCCCAAAAAAAAAUCUGAAGUGCACCCCCUGGGGAAAAUUUCUGAAAGAAACACUGCUCAUUAGUCAAAAGAGUUAAAAAUCAGCAACAGGGUGAUUAAAAAAAUUGUGAGAGCACAAUUUCUUUUCAAGUACCUGUCAAGAACAAUGCUUUGUAGAGUCAACCCAAUUUGUGGCCGGCUGGCCGAGCCGCACUCAGGUUGCAAAAGUGCUGCAUGCUGCAUUAGCCGACCACUGAUCUAGACUACCAUUCAGACCUGUUUACUCGUACGAUUUUGGCGUACAAUGUACGAUUUUGAGGUAUUAGCAUGUAUACUGUAUGUUUAUUUUUUUCUAUAAAUAUAAGGUAUUGUACGAUUUUAUGAGUUUGAGAGUAAACAGGUCUGUACCAUUGGAUUUAUUAUUAGGCUACUCUGAUGGCUUAGGUAGCGCAGCUCAUUUAAUAAUAAGCUUCCUUCUUUCUCUAUUUUUAUACUGCUGGAAAAAAAAUAUUUCAUUCUCAGUAUAUGGCUUUGUUUAGUAUAACUGAGGUUAUCUCUUUUUUUACUUUAGCACUUUUUCAAAUUAAAUUAGGCACUUUUUAAAAAUUGAAAACAUGUACAUUUAGUUUUAAGAAUUAUUUUAUCAAUUGCAUCUAGAUUUAGUACUAACUAAAUAUAAAUUGUUAUAUAUUGCCACACUAGGAAUUACUUAGCAUUUCUACAGUUUGUGUUUGUUGUCUUUCUUCAAGCUGUCAAAUGUAAUUCCUUUUCUUUUUAACAUGUAUAUUCUUCUGUGCUUUUUUAUUAACUAAAUGGUGUCCUAGUUAAGGAAAUGUUGAUCCUAUAUGGAGUAUAGAGGAGGCUAGGUAUUAAUAAACUAAAUGGUGUCCUAGUUAACAUAAUGUUGAUUCUAUAUUGAGUGUAAAGCCAUUGAUUACAGAUCUCUGGUCUCCACAUCAAAACGCAGUUGCCUCCCUGGGUGCAUUCUAAUCAGUUAUCAGUCUGGCUGUGCCUGAUCAACUUAAGCCUUUAGGUUUUUCUAAAAGAAAUAUCUCUGAAAUUAUGAAGUUCAAAGUAAUUUAAAGUGCAUGCCCAUCAAAGUUUGUAGGCCACUGCUCAUAGCAAAUAUGAUGGUAAUGUUGUAGAUGAGGAAUACCUUACAUUUGCUUUUCUUUGUAGGGAAUUAAGAAUUACUUAUAAUCAAUAGUGUUAUUGUUAUUUUUUAAACAGAAAAUGUAAUCCUUAUUUUAAAGACAUUAUAAAGAUAAUAAUAUAUACAAUUAAAACUUUUCAUUUCAUUGACAUUAUUUAGAUACUAAAAAAUGUUUGUCCAUUGAACUGCAAAAAUCACAAUGUGUACAGAAACACAAAUUUUUUUAGAGAUUCUGUAAUGCAUGGCACUGCUCAGUGUCCUCAUUGUUUUGUGUCCAGGGGUUCACUGGUAAAAAUUAUGAUAAGCACAGCCAUGAUUACUAAUGGGUUUUGAACUGAUAUACUACUGCACAUGGGUGCAAAAGUUCACUAAAUUAGGAAAAUGAAAUUUCAAAGGUUUUACUAACUGCUUUACAUUAUUAUAAUGUUACACCUUGACCUGAUUUAUGUCUAUUUCUGUUUCUUUAAGUGCUACCUCUUGUGUUGUCUGGCAUGUGGAAUAGUAAAUAUGACAAGUGAAUUCAAUUGGGAGAUCGUGUAAAGAUAGAACACGCGCUAUUUUACUUUGGAGAUUAUGUAAAGAUAGAACACAAACAUCCAGAAGAACACCCAUAUUUUAAUUGGGAGAUUAUGUAUAGAUAGAACACAAACAUACAGAACACCCACUAUUUUAAUUGGGAGAUUAUGUAUAGAUAGAACACAAACAUACAGAACACGCACUAUUUUAAAGAAAAAUUCAUGAGAAUUAUGAUACACAUUUCUAAAGAAUAUGUUCCUCAUUAUUUUUUUAUAUAGAUCUUUUUAAAAACUUUAAUAUAUGCAGAUAUUAGCUCCUCUCACAACCCUCUCUUCUCGUUCCCUUCCUUUCUCUUUCUCUCUCCCUCUUUUUCUCUCUCUCCCUUCCUCUUGCUGUCUGUCUCUCCCUCCCUCUCUCCCUUCCUCACUCCCUUCCCCCCUCUCUUUCUGUCCCCCCUGCCUUCCAACAUGUUUUUUUUUAAUUAAACAAAUCCCCCAUCAAGAUUAAAAUUUUUUUUAAAUAUUUAAACUAGUUUUUUUCAUUUAUAAGUUAAGGGGGUGCAGGUUAGCAAUGUUCAAUGACAGAUGUUCUUUAAGUCUAUCAUUGUAUUUUUUUUUUACACUUUAUGAAAGCAAUGCUCAUUUAGUUUAUGAUUGUAAUUUUUAUUUAGUUUAUGAAAGCAAUGUUCAUUAAAUCUAUGAGGGUAUUCUCGUUUAAGCUCUGUGACUUAUGGCCAGAAAGCAUCUACUGUGUAGUAAUAUUCUGUUUACAGUGAAAAUUUCAACCAACCCUCCCAUUGUUUACUUGCAGCUCCCCACCUCCCCACGAAGCAAACUCGCAGUACCUCGACGAGACCCCACCAACCGAUGUUGACAGUGAGCCAGUGACAGCGUCUGAUGGUUGCAGUCAGGCUGCGACAGAUGGCAAUCGUGAUGAGGCCCCACCAGCGACCUUACGUGUGGUGGAGAGGGGCUCAUGUCCUGUUGAAAUGACCUCUACAUCUCAUAUGGCAAUUAACUCUGGACAGAGUAGUGGUGAAAGCUGUCUUGGACAGUGCAGUCAAACUGCCAGAGAGGUUGACAACCUCACAGACAGCGGGUGCG